AAUUGAGUCCGGCCGCGGGGCCUUCUGGGAGCUGUUGUACUUCGGCACGUCCGUUGGGAGGGGGGCGCCGAGGGAUGGUUCAGCGUUACCGGCGCCUGGGCCGGGCCUACUGCCUGCGGUCGCCUUCUCCCAGCCUCCCAGAAACCGCGCGCUGGAUGCGCAUUCGGGCGUUUCCGGCAGGUCCUGGCUCCACAAAGAUAAGACAGAUCUGUGAUGUGAGUAGAAAGAAGCCUGAAGAGCAGGUAUCUAUCAUGGAAGAAGACCUCCUGACCUGAGACCUCCCCCAGACUCUGGAGAGUCCUGAGAUAGAGGGGACCCAGGAACUGCUGGACCUGCAGCCUAUCUUUACCUUUCUGUCCAGUGUGGGCAAGGCCUGAGUGACAUCUCAACCUUCAGAGAUCAGCGGUAGCUGUGUGACAAUGGAGCAUUUGACCCAGAUGGUGGAAAGGAGAGCUUGGUGUUCUCAGGACUCUGCGCUUUUUGAGGAAGAGGAGGAUAUGACCAGGUCUCUUGAAACAGUGACAUUUAAGGAUGUGGCUGUGGACCUCACCCAGGAGGAAUGGCAGCAAAUGAAACCUGCUCAGAGGAACUUGUACCGGGAUGUGAUGCUGGAGAACUAUAGCAACCUAGUCACAGUGGGCUAUCAAGUCACCAAACCAGAUGUGAUCUUCAAGUUGGAGCAGGAAGAGGAGCCAUGGGUGGUAGAGGAAGAAAUGUUUGGGAGCCACUGUCCAGAAGUUUGGGAAGUUGAUGAACAGAUCAAGAAGCAACAGGAAACACUUGUGAGGAAAGUCACAUCCAUCUCCAGGAAAACUCUGGUUAAGGAAAAUGUCAUUGAAUACAAAAAAGUUACAAAAAUAUUUCCUCUGAGCUCAGACAUUGUUACUUCAAGACAAAGCUUCUAUGAAUGUGACUCACUUGAUACAGGGUUGGAACAUAAUUUAGACUUAGUUAGUUAUGAGAAGGGCUGUGUAAGAGAGAAAAAUUAUGAAUGUAAUAAGUAUGGAAAACCAUUUUACCAUUGCUCAUCCCAUGUUGUAACCCCCUUUAAGUGUAAUCAGUGUGGACAAGAUUUCAGUCAUAAAUUUGACCUCAUCAGACAUGAGAGAAUUCAUGCUGGAGAGAAACCCUAUGAAUGUAAGGAAUGUGGAAAAGCCUUCAGCAGGAAGGAAAAUCUUAUUACACAUCAAAAAAUUCAUACUGGGGAAAAACCAUAUAAAUGUGAUGAAUGUGGAAAAGCUUUCAUUCAGAUGUCAAACCUUAUUAGACACCAGAGAAUUCAUACUGGGGAGAAGCCUUAUGCAUGUAAGGAUUGUUGGAAAGCCUUCAGUCAGAAAUCAAAUCUCAUUGAACAUGAGAGAAUUCAUACUGGAGAAAAACCCUAUGAAUGUAAGGAAUGUGGAAAAUCCUUCAGCCAAAAGCAAAAUCUUAUUGAGCAUGAGAAAAUUCAUACUGGUGAGAAACCUUAUGCGUGUAAUGAAUGUGGUAGAGCUUUUUCACGAAUGUCAUCUGUUACUCUUCACAUGAGAAGUCACACAGGAGAGAAACCCUAUAAAUGUAAUAAAUGUGGAAAAGCGUUCUCUCAGUGCUCAGUGUUUAUUAUACACAUGAGAAGUCAUACAGGUGAGAAACCCUAUAUAUGUAGUGAAUGUGGGAAAGCCUUCUCUCAAAGUUCAUCCCUUACUGUACAUAUGAGAAAUCAUACAGCUGAGAAACCCUAUGAAUGUAAUGAAUGUGGAAAAGCCUUCAGCCGGAAAGAAAAUCUCAUUACACAUCAGAAAAUUCAUACUGGAGAGAAACCUUAUGAAUGUAAUGAAUGUGGGAAAGCUUUUAUUCAGAUGUCAAACCUCAUUCGACACCAGAGAAUUCAUACUGGUGAGAAACCCUAUGCAUGUACAGUAUGUGGGAAAGCCUUUAGUCAGAAAUCAAAUCUCACUGAACAUGAGAAAAUUCAUACUGGAGAGAAACCUUAUCAUUGUAAUCAAUGUGGAAAAGCUUUCUGUCAGAGACAAAAUCUCCUUGAGCAUGAAAAAAUUCAUACUGGAGAGAAACCAUUUAAAUGUAAUGAAUGUGGUAAAGCCUUCUCUCGAAUCUCAUCCCUUACUCUUCAUGUGAGAAGUCAUACAGGGGAGAAACCAUAUGAAUGUAAUAAAUGUGGAAAAGCCUUCUCUCAAUGCUCGUUACUUAUUAUACAUAUGAGAAGUCAUACUGGUGAGAAACCCUUUGAAUGUAAUGAAUGUGGGAAAGCCUUCUCUCAAAGAGCAUCCCUUUCUAUACAUAAGAGAGGUCAUACAGGUGAGAAACGCCGAGAGUACUAAAUGAGGCCUUCUCUUAAAUUCAACCCAUGCUCUACUUAACUUUUGAAAUAUCUUGGCAUAAACUCAAAAAAAUGAACAAGAUCUUUAUGGAAAAGUUGUAAAGCUUUAUUGAAGGGCAUAAGACUUGAAUAAGUGGAGAGAAAUACCAUGUAUGUAGAUGGAAAAACUCAAUGUCAUAAAAAUGUCAGUUCUCCCAAAAUUAAUCUAUAGACUUAAUAUACUUCCAAACAUCUAACAAGAAUUUUCCUGGAUCUUUACAAAAUGAUUCUAAAAUUCACGUGAAAUAGGAGUUGAUGGAUUGCUGAGACAAUUUUGAAAAAGAACAGAGAGGACACACCUUCUACUAUAUACUACACGUUAUAAAGUUAUGGUCAUUAAAUAGUGUGUGGUAUUAGUGCACAAAUAGGUAAGUAAACAGAUUUUACAGAAUAGAAUGCCUAGAAAUAAACCAAUGAAUAUAUGUGAACUUGCUGUAUAUUAGACAUGACACUGAGAAUCAGUAGGGAAAUGAUAGCCUAGUCAAUAAAAAUUGGAGUAUUUGACUCUCCAUACUGGGGAAAAUAAAAUUACGUACUAUCUUAUAACAUAAAGAAAUGGAAUUCCAAAGGACUUGAACACUGUAUUGUGAAAAGCCAAACUCUGAAAUUCUUGGAAGGAGAUACAGGAUAUUGUCUGUGACUUUGAGGCAGGGAAGCAUUUUUUAAAAGACAAAAGGACUCUGCAGUUCCACUUCUGGGUAUAUAUCCUAAAGAAACAAAUAUGCAUAAGAACUAUAUAUAUCUGAAUUGAAAACAACCUAAAUAUCGAGGGGGUAAUUCAUGAAUAAAAUGUGAUAUAUUCAAAUAAUGGAAUAGUAUACACAGUUAAAAGCAAUGGACUAGAUCUGUAUUUUGUAACAUGGGUAGUUAUCUAAAACAAUGUUGAGUGAAAAACAUCAAGAUCCAGAUGAAACAUAUUGUAUAAUGGCAUUCAUGUAAAUUGGAAUGAGAUUAUUCAUAAAGAACAGAACUAUGUUUUUAUUAUCGAAAUAUGUAUGUAUGUAAACUAUUUGAAAUGAACUAGAAGCAUACAUACCAAAUUAUUGUUAGUGUUGUCUCUGGCAAGAGAUUAGGAUUGAGGCUGUUGAUCAAAGGGGAUUUUUAGCUUUACUUGUAUAAUUUUUAUGCCUUAAAAAACAGAUUGGUAGCAUGUAAAAUAAAUCUUAAAAGUUAAUGGUAAUAUGGAUGUCUUGUCUUAAUAGUGUUUUUGUAGUUAUUUCUUAGAAUUUAUGGACUAGCGGAAGCCUAUGCCCAAAGA